AUGAGAUCCGCCGUCGUCCUUUCUUUUCUUUCAGCAGUUGCCCUAGGGGCACCCACCCCAAACCCUUUGAAAAUCGGCUCAGAUGGUCCAGGUGUUGCCUUCGACGGACCUUUGACGGGGGCCCCUCAAGAUAAACGCAGCCCUGCCAAUCCCAAUUUAGAUGACUCGAAGUUCUCAAUUGGCCUCGGUAUUCCGGCUGUUGUCAUCGACGGACAUCCCAUCAAGAUCCCUCAUAAGAAACGCGAUCCUGCCGAUAAUGUGGACGACUCCAAGUUCUCAAUCGGUUCCCAUACAAUCGUAACUGGAGGUCCUGCUUUUUCCAUUGACGGCCAUGCCAAAGGAGGUUCCGUGGGAAAUGACCCUGGUUCGUCGAUUCAUAUUCACAUUAGAGAUCCUGAGCCGAAUCCUUCCAAGAAGCGUAGCGUCGAGUUCAUAACUGGAGCUCCAGCUAUUGGAUUCGGUAAGUCAGCUAUAGGCGGGAGCGUGAGUCUCUCUGGGGAUUCAAAGGGCAAGGAUGGUGCUUGUAAAGAUGGCAAACAUGGUGCUGGUAUUGCCAAUGGUGGCAACGGUGGUGAUACAUUGGUGCCCGGCAGUCGUGCUGGCAAUGGGGGAAAUGGUGGCAUUAUCGUCAACCCAUAA